AUGGGACGCGAGGUUGCUGAAAUGACCUCCAACACUGGCGCUGAGACAACUGCGAAGCGUGUGCGCCUUCGUGAGCUAAUCCCGGACAUCAAGCUGGGUAAAUGGGAGCGCACCGGGCCGAAAAAUGGCAUCACGGAUGUCAGAGGUGUGCUGGUUCACACAGAAUCAAUUCACGACAAGAAAAAGGGCAUCAAUACCGGCGUGACGACCAUCUUGCCUCGGAAAGAGUGGAUGGAAAAGGCCUGCUACGCGGGCGUGUUCCGCUACAAUGGCUCCGGCGAGCUCACUGGCAGCCACUGGCUUGAUGAGACUGGGUUGCUAUCCAGCCCCAUUGUUAUCAGCAACAGUUUCGCAGUGGGAGCUUGCCAUACAGGCAUCUAUCAGUACGCUGCGGAUCAUUACAGAAACAAAAAGGGCGACGUGGACUGGUUUCUGAUGCCGGUGGUUGGCGAGACGUACGACGGCAUGCUAAAUGACCUUUCGCAGUUUGCUGUGACUCCAGAGCACGUCGUGCGGGGUAUUGAAAAGGCCUCCUCUGACCCAGUGCCAGAGGGCAAUACCGGUGGUGGCACGGCCAUGUCGUGCCAGGGCUUCAAGGCUGGGACUGGCACCUCCAGCCGCGUGGUGCCGGGCAAGGACAAGGAUGGCAAGGAAAAAGAAUACACAGUCGCAGCGCUGGUGCAGGCCAACUAUGGCCGCAUGUUCUCUCUCACGAUUGCGGGCGCGCCUGUCGGUCGCAUCUUGCGGGAGGAGAAGCUGCGCAACGCGGCGGCGAGAAAGGCCCUGGAAGAGUACGAAGUAUCCAAAAGUGCAAAGGACGGUAGCAUCAUCAUUGUGAUUGCUACGGAUGCGCCUCUGACUGCGGUAGAGCUGCAGCGCCUCGCCCGUCGUGCGACCCGCGGCGUCUCCCGCGUGGGCGGCUACGGCUACAAUACGAGCGGCGACAUCUUCAUGGCCUUUAGCACUGGCACGGAAGCCCCCGGACAGUUUCCCACUGAGGAUAUUAGAUCGGACAUGAUUGAGAUUUUGCAGCAUCAGGCUGUGGAUGAGCGUAACAUGGAUGGGCUGAUGGAAGCCGCGGGCGAGGCGACUGAGGAGGCUAUCCUUAAUUCGCUCUGCAUGGCGGAGACAAUGACGGGAUUCAGAGGGCGGACUAUUGAGGCGAUGCCGCUAGAUGAAGUGAAGAAUAUUGUGCAGAAGCAUAUUGAUCUCGAAAAGGAGCUCACAAAGCCCAAGGACUAG